UGCUUCUCAGUAGCUCACAAAACAGCCUCCUCCAUAAUUUUACCAGGCACUGGAGUGCGACUGACAGGCCUAUAAAUAAUUACCAGCCUCUUGUUAUUGCAAUUUUCAAGACGGGUAACAUUUGGCGGCUUGCAGUCGAUGGAGGUCUCUCCAAGAUUCCCUAGGCUCCUUCCUUUCAUCUCCAGCAGCAGCAACGACACUCCAGAAAAAAAAGCCCUUCUCAGGAUCAUCCUUCACGACACACCGGCGCUCCGCCGCAGCAGGAGAGCCGCUGUCUGGGCGCCAUUUGGAGCCGGCAGCCCUGCCGAGGAGCGGCCCCACCUGCUGCCCCCGAGCGCGGCCUUUUCCCCGCGCGGCGGCUCGGCAGAGCCGGGGCGGUGUUGGGGCGGUGAACCUGCGCGGAACGUGGCGGCCGCCCAUGGGAGGCGUGCGGACGGACGGCGCUCGCCCCUGAGUCAGCAGCGGCGCGGCGGUGGGCGGCACGUCGCCGCCGGCCCGUACCCGCCGAGCUUCCCCGGCCCAUCGUGCUCUAAAGCCCAGCUCUUCUGCUGCUCGCCCGGGGGAGAGACGGAGGCUCACACGGCAGCUGUCCGCCGCCGCCAGUGCUUCACGGCCAUAGCAGAGCAUUAAAUGAUCGUAGAGGAAGCCAGCAUUAAGUGAUUUCCGCACAGCUGGUCAGAAAAGCAGCUGUCUGCCUUCUCAGUGCAGCAUGGCAUUUGGACUUGGUGCUUUUUGCCUGCUACUAUGGGCAAUAACAGGUUCCUAUUGCGAGCAGUGCAGAGAAGGAGCCACGUAUUCGAGUGCAGUAAUAUCUCCCAACUUAGAAACCACUAAAAUUAUGAGAGUUCCCCAUGCUACAUCAGUGUCUGAAUGCAUCACGGCGUGUUGUGACCUCUCUGGUUGUGACUUGUCCUGGAUGUUUGAACGGCGCUGUUACGUUGUGAACUGCCAGCACAAAGAGAACUGCGAACCUAAAACAAUUGAGACGGUAAAGUCCUAUCUAACAUUUGUGCUGAGACCUUCUCAGAGGCCAGCCUCACUGCUGGGAUUUGGGCAGGUGAUCCCAAGCAUCGUGCACUCUGUGGGACGUCAGAAAGAGCCAUCUGAGGAAGUGUCUUUUCUUGGCAAAGAACUCAGCCUUGAGGAGAUACCUGAAUACAUAGAUGAUUAUAAAGAUUUGGAGCAGGACCCCUUUCAGGUGAGCCUCAGACACGAUCAGAAGGAGAGCACGGAUUAUGCUGACUGGGGCCUGAUGGUAGCAGGUGAAAAUGGCUUCAACACUUCAGUCAGCGACAAUGGAGAAAACCAGGAAGAGGAAGCUGGAAAGGUCGAAAGCCUUCUAAGUAAAAACACAUCUGAAUUGAGCUCUGUCAGUGAGCACUCCACAGAGAGGCUGUCUUCUCUCCCAGAGAUUACACCGUUCCCUGGGAAGACAUAUGAAAGCAGAGCAGCUGUUGAGAUGCUUACACAGCCUGCCAAUGCUUUGCAAGAAAAGGUUCCUUCUUAUUCCCCUCCAUCAGACAAACUGGAAUUCUCCCUAGAUGUGUCAAACAAAGCCCAGACUCCUACAGUGGCACCAGACAAUGUGACUGAACAUGGAAUCAUGAUGCUUCCCAGUAAUACUGUGCCAUCUGAACCCCUGCAGCAAUUUACACCUCCUGCUACGGCUGCCAAAGCAGAUACAGUAAAAGAACUUAUUGUGUCUGCUGGAGAUAACAUACAGGUGAUGCUACCCAAAAAUGAGGUUGAACUGAAUGCUUUUGUUGUCCCACCACCACCAACAGAAACAUCCUAUAACUAUGAGUGGAGAUUAAUUAGUCACCCUGCUGACUAUGGUGGUGAAAUGGAGCGCAGGUACACCCGGACGCUGAAGCUCUCUCAUCUGUCGGUGGGACUUUACGCCUUCAAAGUGACAGUUUCUGGUGAAAAUGCCUUUGGUGAAGGUUUUGUAAAUGUCACUGUCAAACCAGCAAUCAGAAUUAACCAGCCACCUGUUGCUGUUGCUUCACCCAAAGUACAAGAAGUUUCUUUGCCUACAACUUCUACCUUCAUUGAUGGCAGUCAAAGUACAGAUGAUAUGAAGAUCGUGAGUUACCACUGGGAAGAAAUUAAAGGUCCUUUGCGGGAGCAGAAAGCAUCUGCUGACACACCUGUCUUGCACUUGUCUAACCUUGUUGUUGGAAAUUACACUUUCAGACUCACUGUGAUUGAUUCAGACGGAGCAGCCAACUCCACAAUUGCGUCUCUGAGUGUCAACAAACCAGUGGAUUACCCGCCUAUUGCAAAUGCAGGACCUAAUCAGGCAGUCACUUUGCCCCAGAACUUCAUCACGUUGAAUGGAAACCAGAGCAGUGAUGACCAUGAAAUUGUCAGCUAUGAGUGGUCACUCAGUCCCAGAAGCAAAGACAAGGUUGUAGCAAUGCAGGGAGUGCGGACUCCAUACCUCCAGCUAUCUGCAAUGCAGGAAGGAGAUUAUACCUUUCAGCUCACUGUCACAGAUUCAGCAAGGCAGCAGUCCACUGCUGAGGUCACUCUGAUAGUACAGCCUGAAAAUAACAGCCCUCCAGUAGCAGUGGCUGGCCCUGACAAGGAAUUGACGUUCCCAGUAGAAAGUACUACACUGGAUGGAAGCAGAAGCCAAGAUGACCAAGGCAUUGUCCUCUAUCAUUGGGAAAAUAUCAGUGGGCCAAGCUACGUGCAGAUGGAAAAUGGUGACAAAGCAAUAGCAACUGUGUCUGGUCUUCAGGUUGGCACCUAUCGCUUCAGACUGACAGUUCAAGACCAGCAGGGGUUAAGCAGUGCAUGUGUGCUGUCUAUUACUGUGAAGGAAGAAAACAACAGUCCACCCCGGGCACAUGCUGGUGGGAAGCAUGUUCUGGUGCUUCCCAAUAACUCUGUUACCUUGGAUGGCUCAAGAUCUGCUGAUGACCAAGGGAUUGUGUCGUAUCUGUGGAUUCGGGAUGGUCAAAGCCCAGCAGCUGGGGAUGUGAUCCUUGGCUCAGACCAUGAAGCAGUAUUGCAGCUAACAAACCUGGUGGAAGGAAUCUAUAUUUUUCACUUGCAAGUGACAGAUGCCAAAGGAGAUUCAGAUAUUGACUCUGCUACUGUUGAAGUGCGGCCUGAUCCCAAAAAGAGUGGUCUGGUGGAGCUGAUUCUGCAAGUUGAGGUGGGACAGCUGAGUGAACAGCAGAAGGACACACUGGUGAGACAACUAGCUGUAUUGCUGAAUGUCUUGGAUUCAGAUAUCAAAGUUCAGAAGAUACAAGCAUUCUCAGAUAUAAGCACUGCAGUUGUGUUUUACGUGCAGAAUGGGCAUCCUUCCAAGGUGAUCAAGGCAUCAGAUGUGUCUCGAACUCUGCACGUGCAGCUUCUGAAAGAGAAGGCUGACUUUCUGCUUUUUAAAGUCCUGCGAGUUGACACAGCUGCAUGUCUUUUAAAAUGCUCUGGACAUGGACAUUGUGAUCCUAUAACAAAGCGCUGUAUUUGCUACCAGCUGUGGAUGGAAAACUUAAUUAAUCGUUAUCUAAAUGAUGGCGAGAGUAACUGUGAGUGGAGUAUACUCUAUGUGACUCUGUCUGCUUUCAUUACGAUUGUGGUCUUGACAGGGCUUGCCUGGUUCUGCAUCUGCUGCUGUAAAAGCAGAAAGAGGACUAAGAUAAGAAAGAAAACAAAAUAUACCAUCCUAGAUAAUAUAGAUGAGCAGGAAAGAAUGGAGCUACGACCCAAAUAUGGCAUAAAACACAGAAGUACAGAACACAACUCCAGCCUGAUGGUUUCUGAAUCAGAGUUUGACAGUGAUCAGGACACUAUCUUCAGUCGAGAAAGGAUUGAAAGAGAGAAUCCUAAAACCCUUAUGAACGGAUCAAUCAGAAAUGGUGUUUCCUUCAACUACAGCUCCAAAGACAGAUAACUGAACGAGGGUAAAAGCACAGAACACACUGGCCCAACGCAUCUAAAACGUGUUGACUAGCCUCUGAUUUUCUAAAUCAAAAACUUCCUGAAGUGUCAACUAAUUGCAGGUGAAAGGAUAAAUUUCUAGAACAGUGGGUAGAAAGGGAGAAGAAAAUAUAGUCAGCUAACUCCUAUUGUUACUGCUAGAGAAACAUGGAAGAGCACGUAAUAUUUCCUGCAUGUUCCAUGCUGAUGUUUAUCUGAAAUUCAGAAGGCCAUUUUUCUUGUAUUGUACUACAAAAUUAGCCAGGGUCAUUAUGCUACUAACAAUAGAUGGUAAUUGAGAUACAUACAAAUUCAUGUCCUGUACUCCUGUCUUUUUCUCAGAGGAGCCAUGUGAUUAUGAAACUGACUUAAAACAGCAAAAACCAAUAUGCAGUAUUUCCAUUCCUGCUGUAGAGAGCAAUAUGUUACUGCAGGCUCCAUUGUCAGGUUAGGUCAGGAACACAGAGAGGGAACAUUUUAAUGCACUGUGUUUUUCUGACUGUGCUUUGUGACUACCUUUUCUAGUGUAGUGAUCAUCAGCUGAAAAUACCUUUGCUUUUAAAGGAAGUUUACAAUUUUCUAGUUGCACUUAGCUGUAACGUGAUGUGAUACAUCUUUGUGUUGUAGGAUGCAGUGUUCUCUGUAUUUACAUGUGUAUGGUGGCUCAGUGUGGUGUCUGCAGGGAAGUCCAACCUUAGGUUGCUUCUUUGUAAACCUUUACCUUUAUAAAGACAAAGGCACUUCUGCUUUUCCUUGGGUUUGCUAGGCUUUAAAGCCACGUCCCCAGUACUGUUCUUGAAAUCACACAUGGAAGGUCUGGCUUUUGUACAAAAGCCUCACUAAUGGGGGCAUAGGAAUCUGUGGCACUGGUCUGGCAAUGAUGCCAGCCUUUCCUAUGGGUUCUUUGCUGACAUGUUGGAAGCCUUAGGCUGAGCUAGUAUGUUGUAAUGCAGAAGAACUCCCCUUGGCAGCACUUUGGACAGGGCUUUUGUUUUUUUGCUUGGUGUUUUUUUGUGUGUUGGUUGGUUGGUAGUUGGUUUUUCAGGGGUUGGACUCAAUGAUCUCUAAAGGUCUCUUUCAACCCCUACAAUUCUGUGAUUCUGUGAUUUAUUGUAAUCUGACGGUGGAAAAUCCAUUAAUGGAGAGGGGUAGAACAGCGUAGAGAUCAUGAGGGGCAGAUUAGAAGGGGCACAGAGAGAACAUACCUCACCCCUGUAACGAAGAAUAGCGUGGUAGAGAAUUUCUGGAGCUUUCUCCACUCCUUCAUAGAAUUCUGACACAAAAGAUUGGUUGGGUUGAACACUGGCUCCCAUGAUUGCAUGGUCUCAUACAUUUGACUUCUUGUUUUAAUAGCAGAAGUCUAUGACGUUAGCAGUACCAUGCUGAGGACCUGUGCCCAUUCCUGCAUUUCUGUGGAGACCUGAGUGUGGUCUCAGGUAUCGUAGAGGAUAGGCAGAGAUGGACUAAAAAGGGUUAAUGCAAGUUUUUUUUUCUGUGUUUUUCCCCUUUCCUCCAACAGAUGGAAAAUCAAUUGUCUGAUUUGCUUUCUUUGGAAGCCAUGUUUUAACUGUAUAUGGGUUUUAGGACAUUUAUUAAAAUGAAUCUACUUUCUCGUCCUUCCCCUUUUGGAGUGUAUUUGUAUAUUUAAUUAGUUACAGAAUCGUACAAUGGCUUGGUAUUGUAGGAACCUUAAAAAUGAUCUAGUUUCAACCCUCCCUACCAUGUGCAAGCUUCAAACUCACUAAACUAGGUCCUAGAUGAGGCUGCCCGGGGCACCAUUCAACACCUUUCAACCUGGCCUUGAACACCUCCAGGGCUGGCGCAUUCACAGCUUCUCUGAGCAACUUGUUCCAAUGCCUCAUCAUCCUCUGAGGGAAAAUUUUCCAUCUAGUAUCUAACGUAAAUCUCCUCUCUUUUAGUUUAAAAUCAUUCCAUCUUGUCCUUCACUAUCAGACUGUGUAAAGUGUCUGUCUCCCUCCUGAUCAUAAACUCCUUUAAGUACUGGAAGACCACAACGAGGUCUCACAGUGGACUUGCUUGAACAGCUUUGUGUCAUUCUUGUGCUGGUGGCAUCAUACCUGGAUCAGUACUCCAGAUGAGACCUCACAAGGGCAAAGUAGAGGGGAACAAUCACGUCCUUUGCCCUGCUGGCUACCUCUCUUUUGAUGAAGGAUACAGUUGGCCCUGCAGACUGCAGGCACGCGCUGUCGGCUCAACACAUUUUGUCCACUUUUUGUCCACCAGGACACUCACACCCUUCUCCACAGGGCUGCUCUCAGUGUGUUGUUCUCCCAGUGUGCACAGAUCUGGGAUUGCCCUGACACAGGUACAGUACCGUAGAGUUGGCCUUGUUGAACUUCAUUAGGUCCAUGUGGGCUUAUAUGGGCUUAUGUGGGUUAUAUCCAGUUUGUCAUUCACCAGCACCCCAUCCUCUGCAAGGCUGUUCUCAAACACUUCUUUGCCCAGUGUGUUCUAUACCAGGGAAUGUCCUGAACCAGGUGCAGAGUCUUGCACCUGACCUUGUUCAACUUUAUGAGGUUCAUAUGGGCCCACUUUGCAAGUAGGCCACUGUCACCUUUACAGACUUGAACUGCCUGAUGUGAACCUCAUGGAGUUUUCUCUGCUUGGCAUUCUUUGUAUCAAAUGCAUAACUCAGCUUUAUGUAAUCCGCAGAAUGCUGAGGGUGCACUCAGUCCCAUUGACAAUGAUAUUGAACAGCAUUGUUUGAGGUAUGGACCCUUGAGAGACGCUGCACAUUUCUGGUUUCCAGACAUUGAGCUGUUGGUUGUACCUGUAGAUGUGGUCAUCCAGCCAGUUCCUAAUCCAUCUAAUAGUUCGUCCAUCAAACCCAUAUCUCUCCAGUUUAGAGGCAAGAACAUUUUGAGAUACUGUUGUCAGUGGUGUUACAGAAUUCUAGGUAGAUUACAUCAAUUGCUUUUCUGUUGUCUUCUGAUAUCUGCUCCGUUGUAGGUCAGUGGAUUAAUCAAACACGUUUUGCCUUUGGUGUUGCCAUGCUGACUGUCUCUGAACGCCUCCCUGUCUUCCAUGUGCUUUCAUGUAAUUUCCAGGAUAAUUUAUUCCAUCUGAUUUUAUCAGGCAAGUAGAGACAAGUAGGACAUUGCUUUGCCUUUAGGCAGGACUUUCUCUUCGCCUGGUACACAAUACCAUGCAUCAAUCUCCAGCUCACAUUCCCAAACACUGUGCCUGUUGAACUCCUCUGGUAGCGUAGCUACUUGUGUAGCUGUGAUAUCUACCCACUACUGCUUCAUGUACUGCAGCAACUCCCAUAUAGCAGGGCUCCAUGCAUCAUAAGGUCUGGACAGGUAUUUUAGUCCCUGGGAGAUCUGUUUGGAUGGAGAUGGAAGCACUACAGUCUACCUGUGCUGAUAUUUGUGAUAUAUUUUGUGAUAUAUAUUGAUAUUUCAGCUACAGCCUUACUGCACUUUUUUUUCUUUCAGUGGGUCACAGUCUCCCGUACAAGUUCAAACUUUUGAUGAAACAGUUUCUUCCAUUUUCUUUAGUAACAUUUUCACAAGCUGAAAGCCAUCAAUUUCAUCCGUUCCAACAUCCUUCUUUGUGUUUCUUCUGUAGGAACUGGGAAGCUGAAUAUUUGGCUGCAGUAGAUUUGAUUUCCCUGUCAGAUGCUGAGGUCCAGGGCUUCAUACUACAUGCAGGCCUCGCAUAUACCACAGGAAUGCAUUCUUCUUACAGUAAGAAGACUCAACAGGACAAACUUCAGCCAGUCCUUAGCAUUGUGCUGUAUAUUGUCUGCUCUCCAGCUUUUUCUUCCACAGCAUCUUUCCAUUACUGCUUGUGCUAAGUCUCUGCAGCCUGCCUUUAUCAGUGAACUUACUGUUUAGCACAUGUCACUGCAGUCAGCACCCUUCAAUUUUGCCAAGUCUGUCACGUGGGUGUUUGGGGGUUUAUUUUACAUUUUUCAAGCCUGGUGCUGAAGGGUAGCAGAUGGUUCUUUCAAGUACUGUAGUAAAACAGCAAAUCAGAAACCUGUUCUUAUCAAUGCUACAGAAUUCCCUGGGCUGUUUCUCCCCCACACACACUUGCUGUGGGUGCUGACCUUGAGAUCAGUGGCAAGCCUUUGCACUGUGAGAUCAUCUGCAUGAUUUGGCUGAAAAUUUCUCCCUGUAACAAGUAAAGAAACUGGUGUAACGCUUCUUAUUGCCCAAAGCCUUCGCAAGUGGAAGAUGCUUACAGAAUGCUGCCCCCUAGGUAACACUUUGACAUCCUCAUUGUAUUUUAUUUGUACUUUGAAAGCUAUUUUUUGAAGAAGCCUCUAAUUCUGAUGGUGUAAUUGUUCCAUGCCAUCGGAAGAAGAAGUAAUUCUUUGUUCAUAGCACGAGGCUUGCUAUUAACACAAACUUGCACCAAGAUUUUAAAUUAAUAUUUCUGGCUCUGUGAAUUUGUGGUAUGACAUGUAUCAUUUGCUGAAGCACAGUUUUGUCAGGAAAUAAGAAGUGAGUGUAGCAAGGCUUUUAUUUCAGUUCAGUCACAUUUUUGUUUCUAGAAAAACUGCUUUACUGGUGCAUGUGAGGUGGAAUGAAAGAGAAGAAAAGCCAACUGUUAAGGUAUAAACACAACGGCUGAAUUUAGGACUGCUGAUAGCUUUCUGAUUUGGAUUAUCAAUUACAUUUGGGUUUGAAGCAAGUACACAGUCCUCACGUUUACUUCCACAUAGCUUUCCUCUGUACACAGAAAGCGUAUGGCAGCUUCCUUGUGAAAUAGGGAUGGAGGCUUUCCCACCAGUCUUCUCUGCUCUUCUAAGGUACAGCUUGCCCUGUACAGCUCUAAGUCCAUUGGAAAGAAAUGCACAGCUUGGCACUGGUAAGAUGCUCUGUUGGAACACAAACAGCAUGCCAACACUUGGAGUUCGUCAUAGCUUUGGUGUAAGUUCUGGAUUCUCACUUUCAUCUUGGUUUUACAUUUAUAGAUGCUGGCUGAUACAUGGACAAGUAGAGGUUAUCUAGCUGUGUAAAGGGCUGCCUCUGCUGCAUUUUAAGUAGGGAAUAUAUUUAGAAUAACUUCCUUGCCAUUACUGCCUGAUGCAGUAAAGAGAUUCAAGUAUUCAACGUUGUCAUACUGCAAAUAAUGCUUUGUGUUUAUAAUAAAUCACUGCUGCAGUACAAACUGAAAUUUACCUGGGCGAGUCUGCUGUGAUACACAUCUAAAGCAUCUGUUGUCCCGUGGUUCAGCCUUUCAUUAAAAAAAAAAAAGUGAACAGUCUAAUCAUAGAGGAGUUUAUUUGCAGGGGGAAAAUAGGAUAUUGUUGUUUCAUUUGUAAGAAUUCACUUACAGCUACAUCCUUCAGGGUAAACAGAAGAUGAGCAGUCUCCUCUGCCAGACCUAUCACAUACAGGUCUGUGAUAGGUCUAAGCACAUACAGCUCCUUUUCAAGCACCUGUUUCUUUUGCUGUCAGAUGUGGUUGCUUAUAUAAUGUGGGUUUUUUUCUUAGUUAAUUGUGGCAAACAAAAUUAAGUGCAAACAUGUAAGGAAGUUCGCUGUGUCAAAAACAGAGAAAUUCUCAAUGCUGAGUUUGAACUUUCCUUCAACAGUUCUAAUAUUCUUGAAAUAAUUUUCUUGGGCAAAUUUCCUAUCCUUCUUUUAGGUCAGAUGAAACUAGUUUUGUACCUCAGUAUACUGGUAGUGGGCUCUUGUCAACUGGAGUUUUGGGAUGGCAGUAAUGAAACGACAAGCAUUGGGUCUUCUGAGCCAUUUUUAUAACCAUUGAGAAAGGAAAACAUUUCUCUAGAAGGAAGAUAAGCUAGAAGUGAAUUAGUUACCUGACUAGAAUAUUGAGCUCAUACCUCUGCAGCAAAGGAAAACCUAUACCAUCAUACACCUUUUAGGUCUAGAACUCCCCAUGACAAGGGAGCCUUAAAGCUUAGAAAUAAAAUACUAAGAAACAAAAACACAAAAAAACCCCACCUUUCUUUUGCUUAAGGUAUGAACCAGGUGUGGAUGAGCCACACAUCAUGUAGCUGGUCUGUGUAUAGAAAAACUUCUCCCUGUGGGUGGAUGGGUGAGCUAUUGAUACAAUUAAUCCAAUUCUAACAAAUGUUACUUACUGAAAAUGACAGUGUAUUGUGACUGGAACCAUUUCUGAGCUGAAACUAUGACAUUUAUGUAACUACUAAUAAAAUUUUGUCUUUUCUUCUAGGAACUUGGUGGGGUACUUUCUGUACUUUGGACUUGAUACUCAAGUUGGGCUAAGAGAGACAUUGUGUAUAGCAUAGCUGAAGUCUACUCAAGAAAGCAGCACAAUAUCUGAUCCCUUGGCUUGCUAUUGACAAAAGCAGAAAGGUAUCUUACGCAGGGAGGGAGCAUAAUUCAGUAUAUUAGGGAGCAGGAAAAGCUGUUUUACUUCGACUUACAGAAUUUCCUGCUUUUCCUUGGGUUAAUUGCCUGCACAACCUUCUCCGUAUCAUUUUUAAACCUUUUGCUUUAAGAUAGAGCCUUGUAUAAGCAGCAGGGCUGACAAAGGACAAAAAGUUAUCCUUAAGUCUGCACCAGCUGCAGAGAUCCAGCUACUUCAAUGCCAAGUCACGAGGAGAUGCUUUUUAACUGCAGGAUUGCCCAACUCCCAGUAACACUUGAAUGAACAAUGAGCUGAUAACAAUAAAAGCUAUUUUACUACAUGCCAAUUUACAUUCUGCAAAGCUUAUGAAAACAUAAAAUCAAUGGUAGAUGUCUUCAAAAAAGUCUGCCAAGUAAAUGGACAGGCCACAGAACUUUAGCUAACUUACGCACUUCAUUAAAUCCAAAGGUCAUGGUGACAAGGAAUGAAGAAGAACCAGCUAUUCUAAACAAAAUUAAAUGCUAGCUAUUGGUCAAACGUGAAAUAAAUCUUAGUAGCACCAAUUGUCUUUCUUCACUGCUACUAAUUGCUGUUACCAGGACCUGGAGCCACCUCGCUUGCUGUGUUUUCCAGCACUACCUGGAGCUUGGGCCCAGAAACUGGAAAUUAGAAAUCAUUUGCUGAAACAGAUGAGAAUGAGGCUUUUAAAAACCUAUUUAAA